AACUUAGGUGCGCGUUAAUUAGAAAAUACUAUUAAAAUGGACCUCUCUCCUCAAGAAGUCAGUUACCAGGCCUGUCCACUUCAUUUUUAUGAUUUCAAGCACCUGGAUCACAUGAAACUAUGCCCCACCUACUCAUUAAUAUUCUCAAGUCAACACUCCAUUCCACUUGAUGAUCUUGAUAAAUUACAGGCGGAGCUCUCAAACCUCAAAGAAGCAGCUCAAAAUCGAGUACAAUUACUGACAUCAGAACUAACAGUAUUGAACGACUGGCACGUGAGGAGAAAGAGGAAGCACAGUGAUACAGAGAGUGGUAGCACAGCUCCUUUCUCAAGCACAGCUCCUAGCAACACUCGUGGUACAUCAAAAUCACAAUCAGGAGCUUCACAGAAAUCACCUUUAGAACAACUAUCAUCUUCAUCAACUAGUAAGAGAACUAAAGCCAGUCACAGAGGAGGAGGAGGUGGAGGAGGAGGAGGAGUAGAUGAGCAUAAGAAAGGGAAGGGUAAGAGUAGGGGAAGUGGUGAGACUGUUAUACCAGAAAAGGAUCAGAACCAAAUAACAAGUGCUUUAACAAAAUCUAAAACUGAGGGGGCUGAUAAAUUUUGGGCUUCACUGGAACCGUACUUUGCUGACAUAACGGAGAAUGAUUUGCAUAAUCUUCAAGCACAAGAUAAUAAUUUUGACAAGAGUUUAUUUGAGAUACCCAGUCAAGGGCAGCACUACAGUCAGCAGUGGCUGAUGGAGGAGCUGAAUGAAGAAGGAACAGAGACUGCUAGACUCCACUCUGGACUAACUAAAGACCUACAAGAUGAAACCAAUAUUUUAUUCAAUGAAGGAAUGACUGCUAAUAGAUCCAAUACAUGCACUAGCUAUGGACCACUCACCCAGAAACUAAUGGCAACGUUCAUUGAUUCUCCUCAUGGUUCUCAGUUAUUUUCUUCCGGUAAAGCGGACUCUUUCUCUUCAACAGUUAUUUCACCAGCUGCUCUUGAGAGGAGACUAAAAGAGGAACUGGUAACACUAGGACUACUGGACCCACCUGAAUCACAGAGGGACAGCUCUGAUGAUGAAGAUGAGGUUGUUAAAGAAUUAGUGAAAGCACAAACUGAGCUAAAAGCUGUUCAUGAAUACAAUCAGCAGCAGAAGAGGAUGCUUCAUUCAUUAGCUAAGUCUGAGAUAAGACGUCAGGAGAUUAGGAAGCAGCUCCAAGAAACUGACCAGGAGGUCAUGGAAUGGCUAAGAGUGUUCUCAAGUUAUAGGCAGAGGAAGAAGAAGGAGCCAAUCAAGCAGAAGGAAAGAGAGAGUGCUCAGAGGUGUCUUGAUAAAAGACAUAGACUAUCCCAACACUUGCUAGUUUGAUUUUAGUUUAUGUGAUAAUAAGUCAAUGUCAAGCAACUAUAA